AUGCUUACGACGACUCCCAAUGGAAUCACUGAUCUUCACUUUGCUGAUGCUUUGUUCAUGUCUUUCAGCGCUAUGACGGGAACUGGGCUGAGCGUGCAAAGCACUCUGUUUGCCCUUCUCAUUCUCGGCCAUGCUUUUCCUAUUUUCGGGACGAUCAUUUUAUUACGUGCCUCCACUCUCCGGUCAGCUCAGAAACUCACCUCAAGAAAUACUACGAAGAAGCAAGCAGAGUCACAGGUUUUGCAGAAAGACGGAGAAUUGAUGACCUGCUAUAGAAAGAGUGCUCUGUUUGAUAGCAUUUCAGUCGAAGCAAAAGCCGCCACUGAAAGGAUUGAGAUCCAAGGAGAUGUUUCACCUCAUGAUGAGCAUGAAGUGCCAUGGGAUAACUAUGGCCAAACCGUUGUCACAGUCUCGCAAAGUCCAAGGCGAGUCACUCACGUCACCGUCGAUAAUGACGAGGAUCUCGGAAGUCGUAAGAUUCUUUUCAUGAGCUUCAAAUCGUGGUCAAAGCGCGUGGUGCAACGAACAGCCAGCCACCUGUCCUGCAUAUUCGCUAUCAACUGCAACGAACCUGGUGUGGAGCAAUAUAUGGCACUGGCUCUGAUAGCAGUGCUUAUAAUACUCUAUUUCAUCGGCUUCCUCAUCCUCGGCGUCGUGAGCAUCGGUCUUUGGUCAAAGUUCGUACGCUCAGACAUUCCGCGGAAUAAUGAAGCCUCCCCUUUUGGGCGGGCGCUUUUCUCGCUACAUCGGCGUUCUGUAACAACGGCAUGUCCCUGA